CAAUUGCUCUCGAGUCUCCGUAGCUAAACGAUAUGACGGCAGAUAUUGUACCAUCGAAUUCUUCUCAAACUUCUUCUCCCAAGUUGUCGACUAAGGCAAGCGCCUUUAGCAUAGCAGCCAUUAUGGGAGAAGAUAAGAACAAAGUUGAAGAAGAUGAAGAAGAGUUAGUCGAACAAACUGUUGAAGAGUGUGAAGAAGAGGAACAACAACAAAGCUCUCCGUCACCCUCCAGAACUUUGGAAGAGGGGCCUCUACAAGGAAUAGAAUGUCGGCUUGAAACAAAAGAAUUGUGGGAUAAAUUCCAUGAGCUGGGUACAGAAAUGAUAAUAACAAAAACGGGCAGGCGAAUGUUCCCCACGUUACGCGCUUCGUUCAGCGGUGAAAAUCUGCAAAUGGAUUGUAGAUAUUCUGUUCUACUCGAUAUUGUCGCGGUGGAUGCGAAGCGUUAUAGAUACGCCUACCAUAGGUCAUGUUGGUUAGUUGCUGGUAAAGCCGAUCCAGCUUUGCCUACCCGUCUUUAUUCGCAUCCUGAUUCAACACUAACUGGUGAACAACUUAUGAAACAAACUGUUUCAUUUGAAAAGGUCAAAUUAACCAAUAACAUGUUGGAUAAAAAUGGACAUAUCAUUCUCAAUUCGAUGCACAAAUAUCAACCGCGAGUGCACGUCGUUAAGCGUAAACCUAACUGCUGCGCUCCGUUACAAUCGCUGGAAGGUGAAGAGUAUAGGACAUUUGUCUUUCCUGAAACAACUUUUAUCGCAGUUACAGCAUACCAAAAUCAAUUGAUAACCAAGUUGAAAAUAGAUAGCAAUCCGUUUGCAAAAGGUUUCAGAGAUUCGUCCAGAUUGACGGAAUUAGACAGAGAAAGUAUGGAAUCAGCUCUACACCACGCAUAUCGAGCCGAAGAACCGAAAGGUAAGAUAAAAAAAUUUUCUCCUCUCUAACCGCCUAAUACUAGUCCGCGCAACGAGCGUAAGUUAGUUUGUCUUUGUAGAUAAAAUAGAAGCGUUGAAACCAGUAAGAGUUAGUUAAAGAAUGCACGAGAAGCAGACGUGAGAUUUUAUGCUUAGUUUAUGUAUACAAGCGCAUUCUUGAAACGACGAUUUUAUGGUGCAGACUUUUUGUAGGUAACGUAAUUUGAAAUUGACGAUCUUGGCUCUGUAGGCUGUCCGUUAAAAUAUGUAGUUUAAGUUUACUCUAUAUAUACAAAAACAGUUAUGUCUUUUUUCUUCUCUUUCCACUACCCUUUUCUCCCCCGCCCCCUACCUCUCUCCCCUCCCUUCUAAACAAACCCAUUUACUAUCGCUGACGAGUGAAAAUCAGAAAGGAUUUUCGUGUAUUCAGUAAUAGAGAGAAUUAUUAUAACAGUAUCCAAACAAUGACUGCUCUGAUCCGCUUCACAAAAAGAAACUGUUUGGAAAAAGUUAAGAUAAAUAAGAUUAAAUAAAUCAAGGAUUUAAGCACAGAUAAACAUGUUGCACCUUGUAAUUUUGCACAUAAAUUUUCUGUAAAUCAACUCAAAUAAUAGAUGGAGUAACAUUAGUUCGAUGAAUGGUAAGAGGUUAACAUUAAUUCUCCAGUUGCACUUUAAGCUUGAAAAAGAUCUCUGACGUAGAUUUAUUGUACUUUAUAAUACUAUUUCAUUUACUAUUCUUUUCUAAUAAUUUUUAAUGUUAACUUUUUUCUCCAGUUGAAGAGAGAGCUUUUGCAACUCUAUUAUAUAGGCCACCACGACUCCCGUUAAUCGCCUCACUUCCGUUCUACAAUAACCUCCUCUCCCUGCACGCAUUUCCUUCCUCUAUUUAUCAGUCUCCUUACUCCAGGUUUCAUCCAUAUUUAACCGGUCAAGUGAAGAGAAAUUCGGGAGAAAAUUCAACUCAAGCAACGCAAUAACAUUUUAAAAUUGUUAAUGUUUUUUUCAAUAUUUUUAAUCAACUAGUUUCUAUUUGUCUAAUUUUUUCAUUGCAUAGAAACAAUUAAUUAUAAAUAUUAUAUGCAUAACAUGUAUAAAAAAAAUUAAGAUUAAAUGUAUAUGCAGUAAACAAGC